ACUCGGUAGGCACCCAACUAUUAAACUGCUGAAAACGAGAGGAUGGCAUGUUGACUGAGGAUACACAACAGCCUGUUCACGAAAUUUUAAAUGCCCCUUGCGGCAAAUAAUUUGAACUUCAUGGAUAUAAAGCUGUGUAAAUUAUUGCAAUGGACCACAGCCAGUGUACGACAAUAACAAUUACUUCGAGGGUGGAUUAUUGUGCAGAGUUGCAGUUUUACGCCUCGGAUUUCACCAGUAUAUGCCGUUUUUGCUGUGGAAAUUAACUUCAAUCAUUUGUGUACCGCUGUGAUAUGAAUAGGAUGGACAAAGAGAAGAUUUUAGCAACUUGAGACCUAAAGAGCGGGGAUUCACAUUUAUAAUACAAACAGGUUGGCUCUUUAUAUUUGGACAAACCCUCCUUUAACGUUGAACGGGGUUUUAACUGCAAGGAAUAAUGUGGAAACUUUGGCAAUUUACCUGCCACACAGCUCUCGUUUACUUAGUCUUCGAAAUAUUUAUUUACAGCGUCAAAGGUCUUAAUGUUUGCAUGAGCGGUAGCGCCACGUCUUGUGAAGAAUGUCUCUUCAUUGACCCGAGCUGCGCCUGGUGCGCACAAGAGGACUUUGGACAAGCAAGAACGCUCACCUCACGAUGUGACUUAAGCCAGAACUUACUGAAAAGAGGCUGUGAUUUACCUUUCAUCGAAAAUCCAAGGAGUGGCAUCUCCCUCUUGAGGAGCAAACCCCUGAGUUCCAAAGGUUCUGGGUCAACCCAGUAUGAUGUAAUUCAGAUAUACCCACAGAAGAUCUCACUCACAUUAAGACCCGGUGACCAGACCUCAUUUGAGGUACAGGUGCGUCCAGUUGAAGACUACCCUGUUGAUUUGUACUACCUGAUGGACCUCUCGCUCUCUAUGAAGGAUGAUCUAGACACAAUCCGCAACCUGGGCACCAAACUGGCUGAGGAAAUGAGGAAACUCACUAGUAACUUCCGCCUUGGGUUUGGCUCCUUUGUGGAUAAGAACAUAUCACCCUUCUCCUACACAGCCUCCAAGUACCAGGAUAACCCUUGCAAUGGAUAUAAGUUGUUCCCAAAUUGUGUCCCUACAUUUGGGUUCCGUCACCUCUUGUCUCUUACGGACAAAGUUGACCGUUUCAACGAAGAAGUGCAAAAGCAGAUGGUGUCACGUAACAGGGAUGCACCAGAGGGGGGGUUUGAUGCCAUUCUGCAGGCUGCUGUGUGCAAGGAGAGGAUUGGCUGGAGGAAGGAGGCCUAUCAUCUUCUUGUGUUUGCUACGGAUGAUGUCCCACACUUGGCUUUGGAUGGCAAGCUCGGUGGACUAGUGCAUCCUCACGAUGGACAAUGUCACCUGAAUGACAAGAAUGAGUACAGUGCUUCAACCAAGAUGGACUACCCUUCUCUAGCUCUACUUGGAGAGAAAUUGGCUGAAAACAACAUUUUUCUCAUCUUUGCAGUGACCAAAAGGCACUAUGUUCUUUAUAAGAACCUCACUGCACUGAUUCCUGGGACUACUGUGGAAAUUUUGGACCAAGACUCCAAAAAUAUCAUACAGUUAAUUGUCAAUGCAUAUAAUAACAUCAGGUCAAAAGUUGAGCUGAGCGUGUGGGAUCACCCUGAAGAUCUCAGUCUGGCCUUCACUGCCACCUGCCAAGAUGGCCAGCCUCUUACAGGCCUCCACAAGUGUUCUGACCUCAAAAUUGGAGACACUGUGUCCUUUGACAUAAUGGUGGACACUCGAGGAUGCCCUCCAAAAGGUACCAGGAAGAGUUUUACCAUCAGGCCAGUUGGGUUCAAAGAUCAUCUGGAGGUUUCCGUGGACUACCGCUGUGAUUGUGGCUGCACGCAUUACACAAAGACCAACAGUAGCCUCUGCAAUUCUGCUGGCACCUACAGCUGCGGUAUGUGCAGUUGUGAGCCCGGAUACCUGGGAGCCCGCUGUGAAUGUGAGGAGGGUGAGGUGGACCACCAGCACCUGAGUGCCUGCAGAGAGACCGAGGGCAAGCAGCUGUGCAGUGGCCGCGGAGAAUGCAGCUGCAACCAGUGCCUGUGCUAUGAGUCAGAGUUUGGCAAAAUAUACGGUGCCUUCUGCGAGUGUGACGACUUCUCCUGUGCCCGGCACAAGGGUGUACUGUGCUCUGGUCACGGGGAAUGCCAUUGCGGUGAGUGUAAAUGUCAUGCUGGUUAUAUUGGAGACAACUGUAAUUGCUCUACAGAGACAGCUUCCUGUGUGUCAGAUGAUGGCAAGAUCUGUAGCGGGCGGGGCAACUGUGUGUGUGGACGAUGUCAGUGCACAGAGCCAGGGGCAUUUGGGCACACAUGCGAGAAAUGUCCCACCUGCCCAGACGCCUGUGGAACAAAGAGGGAAUGCAUCGAGUGUCGUCUCUUCAAUACGGGGAGACUCGCCGACAACCAGACCUGCCAACGCAUGUGCAAGGAUGAGAUCAUCACCGUGGAAACCCUUAAAACAGAUCAUCCUAACACUGUUCAGUGCAUCUAUAAGACAGAGAAUGACUGUGUGAUGAAGUUCACAUACUCUGAACAUGCCAACGGUCAGUCGGUCCUAACCGCUCUUAAAGAUCCAGAGUGUGCUGUUGCCCCUAAUGCCAUGACGGUACUCCUGGCAGUUGUUGGCAGCAUCCUGUUGAUGGGUAUUGUUCUGUUAGCCCUCUGGAAACUGGUUAUCACCAUCCAUGACCGCCGUGAGUUUGCCCGUUUCCAAAGUGCACGUUCGCGGGCACGAUAUGAGAUGGCAUCUAAUCCUGUUUAUAAGCAGUCCAUCCCCUUUCACCCAAUGGAGACAGUUUUCCAUAUGCAUACCAAAUCAUGCAAUGGAGGAGUCCACUGAUUAACCAGCAGUUGGACUUGGGGACAUGGCAGGUCCUGUCCAGUUGUGCACUAUUGCAUUACAAUGGUGAACCGAGAUGGCCAUUUUGUUUGUGCACAUUUUGUUGCCUUUAUGCAGUGCAGCCUCCUUUUUUGUGGGUGUUUUUUAGGAUUGUAACUGAUCAUUAUGCAUUUCAGUAAAGUUCAUUGCUUAGCAGCACUAGGACACCUGGUGGAUUUAAGAAGAGGACUGGCGCAGGAUGAGCUGAACUAGUUGGAGAAGCUUUUCUGUCUUCUACUAGAAACAUUUGCCGUUGGACGCUUAUACGCCAUGGACAGCUUGCUUGAAUUACAUUACUAAUUUUCUUCAGUUCUAACCAUACCUCCUCCACAUUACGAUGGAUUCACUGUGCAUUGUGUUGUAGAAACAGAGACUUUUUCAAGUGUAUGUAUAUUUUUAACAGUGUGCCUUUCCCAACCAUUACACAUUUUAAAUUAAUUCAACUUAUUUACUGCAUGUAUGGUAGCCAGGUGCCACAAAGUUUGCAAUUAUACAUCAACUCUUUGAUGGAGAGGGUACUAACCAAACCAGAGCAAUAAUUUUCUUAACUCUUGUUUUGCACAUUGGGUAUUAGGUUAAGGUUUAUAAAGUAAAAAAAAAAAUUCCACACUAGAAUGCUAGUCUUUUGUGUAUGCAGAUAUUGCCACAUGUUUGCACGUUUUCUUGAUUUAUAAUUGUACAGUUUGAUACAAUAACACUGCCUGCUGAUAAUUUGAGAGUGUCUCAUUUCUUUCUAAACAAUCAUACCUAGAGCCACUUUAAAGGGGGUCGCACACUGGACGCGUCUGGCGGGCGACAUGGCGCGUUCUAAAAUUCGAAACAGCUGUUUUCAAUGAAGGUAAGCUCACUGCCGCUCGGCGUCUGUCGGCAGCGCCCAGCUACAUCUCCGGAGGCUGCUCAAAUUACUGCCACGCCACGGAGCACAACUCGCAUAUUUUCCAUUAAAUUUGACCCAAAUCAUUAUCAAAUGACAUCGAUUAUUUACUCUAGCCUUGUUCAUUCUUGAAGAAGGGAAAAUGUUGGAAACUUUUGUGUGUAAUGUCUGCCACCUGAACCGCAUCGACGUGCCUGUGUUUUGAGCAGCCUCCAGAGUCGUAGCUGGGUGCCGCCAACAGACGGCGAGCUGCGGCGGCGGUGUGGGUACCUUCAUUGAAAACAGUUGUUUCGAAUUUUAGAACACGCCAUAUCGGACAUCCACCAUGUGCGACCCCCUUGAAAGGAAUGUUCCGGGCUCAAUACAAGUUAAGCUCAAUCGACAGCAUUUGUGGCAUAAUGUUGAUUACCACAAAAAUUUAUUUCGACUCGUCCCUCCUUUUCUUUAAUAGAAAUGUGAAGCUUUAAUUUUAUAAAAGCACUUACAUUAAUUCUUCUGUUAAUACUCAUGUAAUAUUUGAGCUGUAAAAUUGUUUAAAUUGUCAUUUUUACUGUCAUUUUAGGGUUUGUUGACAUCAUCAUGGCGACGAAGUUGUAAAAUUAGCUAUAACUUUAUACAGAAAAGUUUAGUAAGUGAUUUUGUCACACUAAAAUCAUGUUAAUACACAUAUUGUUGAUGUCUUGUGGCUAUACUUUUGAAAAAGUGAGUAUUUUUAUGUUAAAAAAUUAGCCUCCAUUCACUUCCAUUGUAAGUGCCUCACUGUAACCCAGGGGCAAGUCAAAAUAAAUUUUUGUGGUAAUCAAUAUUAUGCCACAAAUGCUGUCGAUUGAGCUACAUGUGUAUUGAGCCCGGAAAAUUCCUUUAAGGUGUUGAUAGAAGUUUAAUUUGUGUUCUAUACCCGUACCAUAGGGACAUGGACUCAGUAAAAAAUUAGACACUAGUCGCUAACUGCUAGUUAGAAGGGUGUAACAUUUCAAACAGACUUAAAAAUGUGCCUUGUUUACAUCCACUUAAAAAUACAGAAGAUGUAUUAUUAAAGUACACUCACAGCAUUUUAAAGUCUUGGAGCACAAAACUUUUUUGCUUUUUUGCUAAACAAAGCAUUCCAGCACAGCAGAAAAUGCCACAACCACCUUUCGGUGGGUUGAUGGGAAAAUCUGGCUUCAUACUGAAGCAGGGUGUCAGAAGCCCUUGAUCUAAGAGGGCCGUACACCUGGAGGGGACGAUGGUUUUAAUGGCCUAAUGUGUGAUUUUUACCGUUUAUUUGUCAUAUUCCCCAGUGACUAAUAAGAAGUCGGAUAAAAUGGGCAGUGAACGCUUUUACGAGGUUCAAAGGAGGUGUGACUGUCAUGUGUGUGUACAAGGGGUGUUCACCUGCAUUGAGGGUGGGAGAGGACUGAAGGCUGAGAGUGUAAAUCAGGCAUCGGUGUGUCCUGAGGUGAAGGUCCUCAGUUUCAGCUUACAAAGAGCAGCUGUGUUUGUGAUGGGGAAUGUGAGUUUGCCCUCUGGACCCAGUUAAAAACCUAUACAGGCGUCACAGCCCAAUUACUUUUUCUUUUUUUUUCAAACAAUAAAAAAAUUCAAAUUAAAAUAAAUAAAUAACUUGUGAAUGGAUCUUUUAAAUACAGUAUAAAAAUAAAUACAAAAUAAAAUAUCACUUUGAUGCAAAGAAAUGUGUGUGUGUGUGUGUGCAAUUUUAGCACUGCUUUACUGUGAACACAAGACUGUGUCCUCAGGGCAACUUGAAGAACAUUUUGCAAGGUCUGUUGGGUGGUCUAUCAGUCCAAAUAAUAAAAAUAUAAAGUCCUACAGGUCUGGUCCUACUAUCAAAUCAAGAGAUAAAUGACAGUUUUACACAGUUUUUUGUUUGUUUGUUUGUUUUUUUGUUUUUUUCAAUUUCUGUGCCUGCAGAAGCCAUGUUUGCUAUAAAAGUUAACACUGUAAAUUUAAAUCCUUCUGCAAAUAAAGAGUAACCACCA